UCUUCCGCCCGCUCGGCCCCUGCCAACGAGACAGGGUAGCCGGAGCUGCUGCCGCCAUUGUUGCCCGGCUUUUACUUUAACCCCGUUCCUUUCCUUGCGGAGAAUCCGACGCCAUCCGCCACCAUGGUGAAUUUCACCGUAGACCAAAUCCGGGCCAUCAUGGACAAAAAGGCCAAUAUCCGGAACAUGUCUGUAAUUGCCCAUGUGGAUCAUGGGAAAUCAACCCUGACAGAUUCGCUGGUGUGCAAAGCUGGAAUUAUUGCCUCAGCCCGUGCUGGUGAGACUCGUUUCACUGACACGAGGAAAGAUGAGCAGGAGAGGUGCAUCACCAUCAAAUCCACGGCCAUCUCUCUGUUCUAUGAACUUUCGGAGAAUGACUUGGCGUUCAUCAAGCAGAGCAAGGAUGGCUGUGGCUUCCUGAUCAACUUGAUUGACUCUCCAGGCCAUGUGGAUUUCUCUUCGGAGGUCACAGCUGCCCUGCGUGUCACCGACGGUGCCCUGGUGGUUGUGGACUGUGUUUCUGGGGUGUGCGUCCAGACAGAGACCGUUCUCCGCCAGGCCAUAGCUGAGAGAAUCAAGCCUGUCCUGAUGAUGAACAAGAUGGACCGUGCUUUGCUGGAGCUGCAACUGCAACCGGAGGAGCUGUACCAGACCUUCCAGCGCAUUGUGGAGAACGUCAAUGUUAUAAUCUCUACCUACGGGGAAGGCGAGUGCGGCCCCAUGGGCAACAUCAUGAUUGAUCCAGUUUUGGGCACUGUUGGUUUUGGUUCUGGCUUGCAUGGUUGGGCUUUCACCCUGAAGCAGUUUGCUGAGAUGUACGUGACCAAGUUUGCAGCAAAAGGUGAAGGGCAGUUGAACCCAGCUGAACGAGCCAAGAAAGUGGAGGAUAUGAUGAAGAAGCUGUGGGGAGACAGAUACUUUGACCCAGCAACGGGCAAAUUCAGCAAGUCUGCCACCAGCCCUGAUGGGAAGAAGCUGCCAAGGACUUUCUGCCAGCUGAUCCUUGACCCCAUAUUCAAGGUCUUUGAUGCAAUCAUGAACUUCAGGAAGGAGGAAACGGCCAAACUGAUUGAGAAGUUGGACAUAAAGCUGGACAAUGAGGACAAGGACAAAGAAGGCAAGCCCUUGUUGAAGGCUGUGAUGAGGCGUUGGCUGCCUGCUGGAGAAGCCCUGCUUCAGAUGAUCACCAUCCACCUGCCCUCCCCUGUCACAGCUCAGAAAUACCGCUGUGAGCUGCUGUACGAAGGACCGCCUGAUGAUGAAGCUGCAAUGGGAAUAAAGAACUGUGACCCAAAAGGUCCCCUGAUGAUGUACAUCUCCAAGAUGGUGCCAACCACAGACAAGGGCCGGUUCUAUGCCUUCGGACGGGUCUUCUCCGGCAUUGUGUCCACUGGCCUGAAAUGCAGGAUCAUGGGACCAAACUACACACCCGGCAAGAAGGAAGAUCUCUACCUGAAGCCGAUCCAGAGGACCAUCCUCAUGAUGGGCCGGUACGUGGAGCCCAUUGAGGACGUGCCUUGCGGGAACAUUGUGGGACUUGUGGGGGUCGACCAGUUCUUGGUCAAGACAGGCACCAUCACCACUUUCGAGCAUGCCCACAACAUGCGCGUCAUGAAGUUCAGCGUCAGCCCCGUGGUGCGCGUGGCUGUCGAGGCCAAGAACCCUGCAGACCUACCCAAGCUGGUUGAAGGUCUCAAGCGCCUGGCCAAGUCGGACCCCAUGGUGCAGUGUAUUAUUGAAGAGUCAGGGGAGCACAUCAUAGCAGGCGCUGGAGAACUGCACCUGGAAAUCUGCCUGAAGGACCUUGAAGAGGACCACGCCUGCAUUCCAAUCAAGAAAUCGGACCCGGUGGUGUCCUACCGCGAGACCGUCAGCGAGGAGUCUGGGGUGCUGUGCCUUUCCAAAUCACCCAACAAACACAACCGCCUCUACAUGAAGGCCCGGCCCUUCCCUGAUGGCCUGGCCGAGGACAUUGAUAAAGGGGAAGUCUCGGCCCGCCAGGAGUUGAAGCAGCGUGCCCGCUACUUGGCUGAGAAGUAUGAGUGGGACGUGGCUGAGGCCCGCAAGAUCUGGUGCUUUGGUCCGGACGGCACCGGCCCCAACAUCCUGACUGACAUCACCAAAGGGGUGCAGUACCUCAAUGAGAUCAAGGACAGCGUGGUGGCAGGCUUCCAGUGGGCCACCAAGGAGGGUGCCCUCUGCGAGGAGAACAUGCGUGGCGUCCGCUUCGACGUGCAUGACGUGACCCUUCAUGCUGAUGCCAUCCAUCGGGGGGGCGGCCAGAUCAUCCCCACUGCCAGGAGGUGCCUCUAUGCCUGUGUGCUGACGGCCCAGCCCCGCCUCAUGGAGCCCAUCUAUCUUGUGGAGAUUCAGUGCCCGGAGCAGGUGGUGGGUGGUAUCUAUGGUGUCUUGAACCGGAAACGGGGCCACGUCUUUGAAGAGUCCCAGGUGGCUGGCACUCCCAUGUUUGUGGUCAAGGCCUACCUCCCUGUCAACGAGUCUUUCGGUUUCACAGCCGACUUGAGAUCCAAUACAGGGGGACAAGCUUUCCCCCAGUGUGUGUUUGACCACUGGCAGAUCCUUCCUGGAGACCCCUUUGACAACAGCAGCCGCCCAUCUCAAGUUGUUGCCGAGACACGCAAGCGCAAAGGGCUGAAGGAGGGCAUUCCAGCACUGGACAACUUCCUGGACAAAUUGUAAAAGCCGCCAUUGCAAAUGCCACACCAGAUCUAAAAGAAUAAAUUUUUGUGGGACUCCAAAUCAGAUUUAACUAGCAUAAUAUCCUUGGUGCCACACGUGCUUUGGCCGAAGGCGGCAGCCCCCACUUCAUAUUAACUUAAGUCAUGAAACAGUUUUCAAUGGACUGCUUCAGUCUUGGGGGUCUCUGUCUGCAUACAAACCAGAGGGCCUCUUGCCCUGUGCCAUUGUAACUUAAUAAACACACCUCCAUUGAUGCAA